AAGCAAAUACCGCUUUGGUGACUGAAGUUGCUUUGAGCGCGCCGUAGGCAGGGGCGUUGUUCCCGGCAGCCGGUGUUAGGCUGGCGUUUCUCGGGGAGCCCUCUGUGUUAAAAUGCAUGCGCUUUCCCCAUGCCCGGUGUCCAGGCUCGAACCAUCCUUCGGAAGGCGCGAUAAAGCCCCGCUUCCUUCCCCGGGGGGGCUGUUGCCUGUUGACCGCCCACCUGUCCGCCUUGGUGGCACUGCUUGCGCAAGGUGCCCGCCGGAGGUUUGCAGCUGCCGUGUUGGGAAACCUUUGCCUUUGGGAGCAAAGCGCCCGCCACCUCUGACAGCGGCUUCCAGGAGGCUCUGCUGGCGUGGGAGGUGGCGGGCAGGGCGAGGGGAGAGCCGGGAGCUGCCUGGCUCUGAGCUGUGGGGCGGCAGGGCUUAGCGUAUGCGUUUCGGGCAGAUACCUCGUAUGCGGGGUGUUGCCACUCCGCAAACAAGCUAAACUGCAAUUCCAACUCUUAACACCGUUUAUGGUAGCAAACCCAAAUUGUUCUUAACUACCAGCCCCUCUGUUUUUCCCCGCUGGGCUGCUCUCCAUCUCAAGGUGCGCUGUGCAUUACAUCUAAUGUUCAUGUUUACAAUUUCUUGAAUAUAAGAUGUUAAAGGGUAAUAACUGGGGUAACGUUCUUAACUCACAAAGGGUAUGUGGUCCUUACACGGCAUAGUUGUGUGACUGACAGUUUCUUUUAGCAUCGGAAGAAUUCUUCCCUGGGGUUGAGCCACACAGAGGCAUAUACCUUUGCAGGUGCUUUUCCCUGCUGGAUUUUCAAGAGCCAGGAUGUUUUGGAGUGCUGUGGAAAAGAAAAGAAACCAAGUGAUGGUUUUGCGCAGCUGAUGUGUUCCUGAAAAGUGCGGCUCGUGGUUCCACAGGCUGCCAUUGCCGCUUGGUUGUGCAAAGCUUCUGGGCGUUUGAUGCCAGGAGUUGCUGGGCUCCAGCUGAGAGGUGGUUACCCAGAGCGGGGGAUGCUUGUUUGGAGCUGGUUGUCCUAAGGCCGCACUCGAGCAGACCGUGGUUAUUCGAAUGACUCUGGUGUUAAAAUAUUUCUGAACUGUGGGCAUCCCCUAAGCCGAGUUUGUAAAAGGAGAAUAUGUCCCCAUGUAUUUGGAAGAACGUGAGGCACUAGGUCAGUUCAGAUGCUUUCAGCUGUCCUGUGCAAAAUCUGGCUGAGAAAUAAUUGCAGUAGAGCUAGCAAACAAAGCAAAGCUGAAAAGAGCAGCGAACGCAGAUAAAUGCACUCAGCUGUGCCCAGGAGGAGCAGCUGGUGCCAUCACACACAGGUGUGGAAGGUUAACGUGGGGUGAGACAGAGCAGUGCUCCUAGGGCCCACCUGGAGAGGAAGCCUUCCAUCUCGGGGCAGUGUGGAUCCUGUUGUGCCAAGGAGUUUGCAAGAAAGUCCUUUUUAGAAACGUGCGUAACUGCUGCGUGAUGCUUCCCUUCCACCCCUUAGUCCCUCUCUGUGCUGCUGGGAGGCUGCAGUUCAGGCUUCUUUAGCUUUCCCUUGAUUUCUUAAAGGUCGCAUUAAAGGAGUUGGCACUGAAGAGGUGCAGAUCCAUCCCUGACACUAGAGGGGAGAGAAUGGUAGCAAGUUGCGUGUUCUGUAGAUAAUUCAGUGUUAGAUUUUUAGGUCGAUUAGGAUGCACAAGCUCAGUUAAAAAAAACCCCACCAUUUCAGACUGUGGUGGUGGCUAUACGCUCUGUGCUCUGGAGAAUUAAGGUCUGUUCACGUCAAACAGUUAAGAGCUCUAAUGUGUUCUGGUUCCCAUAUCUAAUGCAUUUACAGCGUUCAUUCCUCCCAGCAAGGAGCAUGUCUAGAGUUGUAGCUACGUGUUUGUUACAGAACAGUUAGCUAACAGAGGUGAUUAAAUGAUGUGUGAGCAAGGAUCAGUAUGAAGUCUAUUAAAAAGGCAGCAUUCUGCUCCUUCCCAGUGCUUUUGUUGACUACCGGGUCGUGCAACUGGCAUAUUUACAUUUAUUAAAAACAUCAUAACAUGUUUAAAUAUAGGACACCUUGGGGAAAGGGGGGGGGGCGGUCGUUUAGAUAACUAAUUCUUAAGUGAAGCAGUGAAAAGAAGCCAGGAAACCAUAACAGACCAGCUCUCUAAAAGGCCGCCAGCACUGCUGACCUCGGAGCUCCUGGGAGGGCUUGAACUAGAGAGCUGGGAGAGGGGCCGGAGCAGCAGCUUUGUGGGAACAGCUCUGUCAGGGAGCUGAGAGACUCCCACAUGGUUGCGCUCCUGCACCUCAAGUCCCGGCUGGAAACAACCACCGUGAAGCGAUUCUCCAGUUGCAAAAAGUGUUUGGGGAAAAUGCUCUGAAAGUAAAUUGGACAGCGCCCGCCAGAACUGAACCAGUCCGAAAAAACCUUCCUUCACCCAGAGGCCUGCUUGUCGUCAAGAGGGAACCUCUACAACGGCCAAACUCUGCGAGUGAUGGGCUCGGAGAACAGCGCUUUAAAGAGCUACGCACUAGAAGAGCCACCAUUCACACUGCCAACUGGACACACAAUUUAUCCGGCCGUGCUACAAGAUGGCAAACUUGCUUCAGUCUUUGUGUACAAGCGAGAGAAUGAAGAUAAGGUUAAUAAAGCUGCCAAGCACCUGAAAACUUUGCGCCACCCUUGCCUUCUGCGCUUCCUCUCUUGCACUGUGGAAGCAAAUGGGAUCCACCUGGUUACAGAACGUGUGAAGCCUUUGGAGAUGGUCCUGGAGAUGCUUUCUUCUGCAGAAAUCUGUGCAGGGAUCUACGACGUGUUGCUGGCACUCAUCUUCCUCCAUGACAGGGGAAACCUGACGCAUAACAACGUCUGUUUGUCAUCCGUGUUUGUAAGUGAGGACGGGCACUGGAAGCUGGGAGGAAUGGAAACGGUCUGUAACUUCAGUGAAGCCACCCCAGAGUUCCUCUGUCAUGUCAAGUCGGUACGAGACCAGUCGUGCAUCCCUUGCGAGGAGACGUCUGCAGAUUUCAAAAUUCUGCCCAACAGCUACGGGCACGCGAGGGAUGCCUACGCGUUUGGAACAAUGGUUGAAAAUCUCCUGACAGUCCUAAACGAUCAGGUUUCAGCAGAUAUUCUCUCCAGCUUUCAGCAAACCUUGCACUGUACACUGCUGAAUCCAGAUCCAAAGUGUCGUCCACCACUGUCUAGCUUAUUGUGUCACGAGUUCUUCAGGAAUGAUUUUCUGGAAGUUGUGAAUUUUCUGAAGACCUUAACACUGAAGUCUGAGGAGGAAAAAACUGAAUUUUUCAAGUUCCUGCUCGACAGGGUGACUGGAUUGUCAGAGGAGCUGAUAGCAUCACGGCUGGUGCCUCUUCUACUCAAUCAGCUCGUGUUUGCAGAACCUGUAGCUGUCAAGAGUUUUCUUCCUCAUCUCCUGGGUCCAAAGAAAGAGCAAAUUGGAGAAAGCCAGACCAGCUGCCUCCUGUCGCCGGCCUUGUUCCAGACGCACGUCAUUCCUGUGCUGCUGAAGCUAUUUGAGGUUCAUGAGGAGCACGUUCGAAUGGUGUUGCUGUCUCACAUCCAUGCCUACGCAGAACUGUUCUCUCGGGAGGAGUUGAAAAACAUCAUAUUGCCACAGGUGCUGCUGGGCCUUCGAGAUACCAGCGACUCUAUCGUUGCGAUAACACUGCACAGCUUGGCAGUUCUCGUCUCCCUGCUUGGACCUGAAGUAGUUGUAGGUGGAGAAAGAACGAAGAUUUUCAAAAGCUCUGCACCAAGUUUCAUGAAAACUGCUGAUGUUUCCCCAGAAGACUCUCCCAGUCAUGUCAUAAGCAAUCAGAGAAAUCAAACCUCUCGGCCGUUGAAGAACAAUUCUUGUGUGUUCCCCAUUGCCGGAAAUGUACCUGUUAAGAAGUUUUCUGUGCGACAAGACAAUCCCCUGGCUUUAAAGACAGGUGAGCAAGACACUCAGUCCCCCCUCAAUGGAAUUCCUGGAAGCAUUAAUACGCUAGGGAGCAGCAGGAGCUCUUUGACUACCUCUGAAAAGCCAGCAGAGGAGUGGCCAGACUGGAGUGAGCCAGAGGAGACUGACACUGAGAAAACUGUGAACAUUCAAAUUCAGCCCCGAGAGCCACGGGGCAGCGCGGGACCUUAUUUUGCUGAACACGAUGUAGAUGAGAAGCCUUGGGAUGACUUUGAACCCAGCAGCCCUAGUCCUGAACUGUCCUCAGGAAACUGCCUCACUGUGACACAAGCCGAUGCAGUUGAAACGCCGAGGCCUCUGCCAGGUACCCAUCAACUGAGCAAAGAAUUCAAAAGCCUCAGAUUGAGUCCCCCCACAAAGUCUUGCCCCAGGAACAGCUGGAGCAAUGACAAGUGGGACCACCAGGAACAACUGGGAGAAACUGUGCUGCCAAAAGCGACCUCUCAGGAAAGGUUGAAGUCUUCAUCAGAGUCUGGCCUAGGAGAAGAAUUCACAAUCAAAGUGAAGAGGAAACCCGUGCAAGACCCUGAGCUGGACUGGUUUGCUGACAUGAUCCCAGACAUUAAACCUUCUUCAGCUAUCUUGAUUUUACCUGAAGCGAGGACAGAAGCAGUUGUUGCCAGUCACUCUGGUGUAGUAUCCAGCAGAGAAGGUGCCUCCCAGAAUGUGCUGUUUUCAUCCAAAUUUGCAGCAGCUGAUGUGAUUGAGGCUGAAGCUGCAGGCUGGGGUGAAGAAGAGGAGUUGAACUGGGAAGACGACACUAACUGGUAAUGGGAUUUAAAAGACAAAGGCAAUUUAUGGCGUGUUGGAUUCUGUAGGAGAAGUUGCUGCUUCCCCAACACAAUGGAUAAGUACCUCAGCACUGCUUUUGCGAGAAGGCAGGCACUUGCUGCAGCAGCCAGCAAGAUCCCGUGGGGCCUGAUCUCUUGCAAAUGGAUGCUCCUUUCUAGUCCGUGCCAAAACCUGCAGGGGUGAGGCCUGCACUCAAGCAAUACGCCCAGCUGCGGUGUGUGCCACUGCUACCGGAAAGAAGAACAGCGUGAUAGGUGUGUUGGUGCUGACGUGCUACUGGAGGCCAAGAGUGGUGUAAGCGAUUGUUCCAGAACUCAUCCCUGCUCUGAAAAACUGAUGACAAUAAAUGAAAGUCACACUGA